CAGAAGAUAAAUGUGCAUGAAGUCUGGUCUCACUCUGAUGCAGCGAAUGAAAAAGUUGAGUUCAGGCUAAGGUGUACACAGUGGAUGAGAAUUACACCGUGGUAACCCUCUGUCGUGCAAAAUCAAACUGCUUCUAAUUCCUGGUGUUAUCAUUUAAUAAAAUGGCUAUGGAUUUGACUUUCCUGGGGACCGGCUCUGCCAACCCAUCUCCGCAUCGCGGUGCCUCAGCGCUGGUUCUUCGGAUCGAGGGGGACUGCUGGCUAUUUGACUGCGGGGAAGGGACACAGACCCAACUAAUGAAGAGCCAGUUGAAAGCUAGUAGGAUCACAAAAGUUUUUAUCACCCAUCUUCAUGGGGACCACGUGUUUGGACUCCCAGGUCUCCUCUGCACUUUGAGCCUCCACUGCACUUCCACCGCUGGCAAAGAUCACCAGCCUGUGGAGAUCUAUGGACCGAUUGGGCUGAGAAAGUUUCUCAGAGUCACGCUGGGGCUUUCCAGUUCACAGCUGCUGUUUCCUUAUGUAGUCCAUGAGCUUGUUCCUACUGCAGACCAGAGUCCAUCAGAGGGACUUCUGGACCCAAAAACGACUAACUGCGAUGAAGGACUUCAUCCACAAGAAGGCCAAGGAAGGACUAUCCAUCUGGAGCCAGCAGAUAACUCCUACACUCUUAUUGAAAACGAGCAAGUCGUUGUUAAAGCAUUUCGGCUUUAUCAUCGGAUACCAUCCUUUGGGUUUGUAGUGGAGGAAGGGGAGCGUCCAGGAAGACUAAAUGUACAGAAGCUGAAGGAACUGGGAAUAAAGGCAGGACCAGUUUAUGGCAGACUAAAAACUGGACAAUCUGUAGUCCUAGAAAAUGGAGUCACAGUUUUCCCAUCGGAUGUUUUGGAGGAACCUAUCCCAGGAAGAAAGAUUUGUAUCUUGGGUGACUGCUGCAGCGUUGUGGGCGAUGCUGGUCAGCAGCUGUGCCAUGGAGCAGAUGUCCUUAUCCAUGAAGCCACGUUGGAUGACACCCAGAAAGACAAGGCCAUGGAGCAUGGGCACAGCACUCCCAGCAUGGCAGCAGAGUUUGCUAAAGUGUGCCAAGCAAAGCAACUGGCUCUCUGUCAUUUUAGCCAGAGAUACAAGCCCCCAGCUCUCCUAAAAGAGGGGGAUGAGGAUGAUGUCAUGGAACUGAAACGGCAAGCUGCAGCACAUUUAAAUGGCCAGGAGGUUAUAUUGGCUGAAGAUUUUUUAACAAUUGUAAUUCCAAUUAAAAAAGGAGUCUAAUUUUUUGUAUUGUCUUUUUUGUAUCAGAAUAAAAAUUUUAAUGUGUUUAACAUGUU